AUGAACCUAAGCUUCUUCGACCAAUUCUCCAGCCCAUCCCUCCUAGGAAUCCCACUGAUCCUUAUCUCAAUAACAUUCCCAGCCCUACUACUACCCUCCAUGGACAACCGAUGAAUCACAAAUCGACUAUCAACCCUACAACUAUGAUUCAUCAACCUAGUUACAAAACAACUAAUAACCCCACUAAACAAAAAGGGACACAAAUGAGCCCUAAUCCUAACAUCCCUAAUAGUCUUCUUACUACUUAUUAAUCUACUAGGACUACUACCAUACACAUUCACCCCAACCACCCAAUUAUCAAUAAACCUGGCACUAGCCUUUCCCCUAUGACUUGCCACCCUCCUAACGGGACUACGAAACCAACCCUCCAUCUCCCUAGCCCACCUCUUACCAGAAGGGACCCCAACACUACUAAUCCCAGCCCUCAUUCUAAUCGAAACAACAAGCCUACUCAUCCGACCGCUAGCCCUAGGAGUACGACUAACAGCCAAUCUCACAGCAGGACACUUACUAAUCCAACUCAUUUCCACAGCCACAGUAGCCCUAGCCACAACAAUACCAGCAGUCUCCCUCCUAACUCUACUAGUCCUAUUCCUAUUGACUAUCCUAGAAGUGGCAGUAGCAAUAAUUCAAGCUUACGUCUUUGUCCUACUGCUAAGCCUCUACCUACAAGAAAACAUCUAA